AUGAGGGAGUGUCACCUUAGAGGUAGUGCAGGUGGUAUCGCACAGCCUACUGGGUCCGUUGCUGGUUCAUCUUUUUCUGUGGCUAUGCGCCCUACGGGGCAGGGUAUUCAGGCGCCAGAAGGCCGUGGUAGAGGACGUGGUGGAGCUUCCAGUUCUAGCGGUCCCUCGAACCGUAUAUAUGCUUUGACUAAUAGGCAAGAUCAGGAGGCGUCACCUAAUGUGAUCACAGGUAUAUUAUCACUAUUCUCCCAAAGUGUGUAUGCAUUGAUAGACCCAGGUUCCACCUUAUCAUUUAUAUCGCCCUUUGUUGCUAGUAGGAUCGGAAUAGAGUCUGAGUUGAUAGAACCAUUUGAGAGGAAAGAUAGUUCGAUUUCAAUUUCCAGGGGAACCGAUUAUAGAGUGGAAAGGGAGUACAGUAUCGCCAAAAGGCAGCUGAACAAAGUAACAGUAAAGAACAGGUAUCCCCUCCCAAGGAUUGACGAUCUAUUUGACCAGUUGCAGGGUGCAAAGUGUUUUUCAAAGAUAGAUUUGCGGUCAGACGAUAUUCUGGUCUAUUCACGUUCAGAAGAGGAGCAUGCAGACCAUUUAAGGACGGUACUUAGGGUGCUUCAGCACCAGAAGUUGUAUGCUAAGUUUUCUAAGUGUGAGUUCUGGUUGACUUCAGUGGCAUUCUUGGGGCAUAUUAUUGGAGCUGAUGGAUAUUACAGGAGAUUCGUAGAAAAGUUUGCCUCAAUUUCAGCGCCUUUGACAAGGCUAACUCAAAAGGCAGCCAAGUGGACUGAUGCUUGUGAGCGAAGCUUCCAUCUAUUGAAAGACAAAUUGACUAAAGCUCAAGUCCUAACUCUUCCGGAGGGACCAGACGGCUAUGUUAUUUAA